AGCGCUCCGCUCCCGCAGGACGCGGCCCGGGGCGGGGGCGGCCGCUCGCAGCCAUGCCGGGCCCGGGGCGCUGAGCCUGCCCCGGCCCCCGCCGCCCCGCACAAUGGAAGAGGAGAGCAUUAAGCAGAGCUCCCGAUCCUCUGAGGCAGCUGAAGAUGAAAAGGACCAGCGCACAGUGACAGUCAACCACUCUCACAUGAAAAAGGCAUUCAAGGUCAUGAAUGAAUUACGGAGCAAACGGCUCCUCUGUGAUGUGGUGAUUGUGGCUGAAACUGUGGAGAUGGAAGCCCACCGUGUGGUCCUUGCAGCCUGCAGCCCUUAUUUUUGUGCCAUGUUUACAGGAGACAUGUCUGAAAGUAAAGCCAAGAAGAUUGAAAUAAAAGAUGUUGAUGGGCAGACACUGAGGAAGCUGAUUGAUUAUAUCUACACUGCUGAGAUCGAGGUCACAGAAGAGAACGUGCAGGUUUUGUUGCCAGCUGCUAGUUUAUUGCAAUUGAUGGAUGUUAGAAAAAACUGCUGUGACUUUCUUCAGUCCCAGCUGCAUCCCACAAACUGUCUUGGAAUCCGAGCUUUUGCUGAUGUGCACGCGUGCACGGAACUGCUGCAGCAGGCAAAUGCCUAUGCAGAGCAGCACUUCCCUGAGGUGAUGCUAGGAGAAGAAUUUCUUAGCCUUAGUCUGGACCAGGUUUGCAGUUUAAUAUCGAGUGACAAGCUGACAGUCUCCUCUGAAGAAAAGGUUUUUGAAGCAGUUAUUUCUUGGAUAAAUUACGAGAAGGAAUCUCGCUUGGAGCACAUGGCUAAACUGAUGGAGCACGUUCGCCUGCCCCUUUUGCCCAGAGAUUAUCUUGUACAGACAGUUGAAGAAGAAGCUUUAAUCAAGAAUAACAACACCUGUAAAGACUUCCUUAUUGAGGCCAUGAAGUAUCAUUUGCUUCCUCUGGAUCAAAGGCAGCUGAUAAAGAAUCCUAGGACAAAGCCAAGGACUCCCGUUAGCCUGCCAAAGGUGAUGAUUGUGGUGGGUGGACAAGCACCCAAAGCCAUUCGCAGUGUGGAGUGCUAUGAUUUUGAGGAGGAGCGGUGGGAUCAGGUUGCUGAGCUUCCCUCUCGAAGAUGCAGAGCAGGUGUGGUAUUUAUGGCUGGCAAUGUUUAUGCUGUUGGGGGCUUUAAUGGAUCUUUAAGGGUACGGACUGUUGAUGUGUAUGAUGGUGUGAAGGACCAGUGGACAUCCAUAGCCAGCAUGCAGGAAAGACGAAGCACGUUGGGCGCGGCGGUGCUCAAUGAUCUCCUGUACGCAGUGGGAGGCUUUGAUGGCAGCACUGGUCUGGCAUCAGUUGAGGCCUAUAGCUAUAAAACCAAUGAGUGGUUUUUUGUGGCUCCCAUGAAUACAAGAAGAAGCAGUGUUGGAGUUGGAGUUGUGGAGGGUAAACUCUAUGCUGUGGGGGGUUACGACGGAGCAUCCCGUCAGUGCCUUAGCACCGUCGAGCAGUACAACCCAGCCACCAACGAAUGGACCUACGUGGCUGACAUGAGCACUCGGCGCAGCGGUGCAGGUGUUGGUGUCCUCAGCGGGCUGCUGUAUGCUACUGGGGGGCAUGAUGGUCCCUUAGUAAGGAAGAGUGUGGAAGUCUAUGACCCGGGAACAAACACUUGGAAGCAAGUAGCAGACAUGAAUAUGUGUAGAAGAAAUGCAGGUGUGUGUGCUGUGAAUGGUCUUCUCUACGUGGUGGGAGGAGAUGAUGGGUCCUGUAAUUUGGCCUCAGUGGAAUACUACAAUCCCACCACGGACAAGUGGACGUUAUUACCAACCAGCAUGAGCACAGGCCGAAGUUAUGCAGGUGUGGCUGUGAUUCACAAACCAUUGUGACACACUAUCAAGCCCACGUGAGGAGCAGAGGUAAAGUGGAUCCAGCUAGGUGGUGUUGAGAAGAUGACUGACCUCUGACUUGACCCAUCUCAUUGCUGUUAACCUCUUAGCAUGACAAGUGAUACGUUACAAACAUCAUCUGCUCUGCAGUGGAUUGUGUAGCGAAACGAAAAUCCCUCUGGGGGCAUGUUCCAUGCUAGGCACGAGGUGUUGCUUGUUAUCUGUGGUGCAAUCAACUGUUCUUCUCAAUGGUUAGUGUCCUGAGAUAAACACAGUGCUUGGACUGCAGGCACUGGAUUUCUUGAGUGAAACGAAACUGCUACGUUUGGGCACGUGAGUAAAAAACAAACACUUCUGGAUUUCUUCACUACUGAUGCUCUGUGCACAUUAUCAGUUGAACUAUUUACUCACUGUGCCUGGAGGGUGGACUUUACUACAGGCAAUGGGAACUUCUGAGAACCAGCUGAGAAAAGUUGUCAGCAGAAAUGGACUGGAACAGGGUGCUCUGGCUCGAGUGUGACACUGUCUCAGUCAAACGUUUGUAUAUGCCACUGGACUACUGUAUGUAUCACUGAAAUGCUUGUCGUGUGGUGGAAAUAAAUACCAUGUGAUUUUUCUACUUGCCAUGAAUGCUGUUUGCUGUACGUGAUGGGACCUGCUGGGCAGUGCCUUCCCUGGGGCUGAAGUCUCAGUACCUGAACCAUGCAGAACUUUGCAACCCCACAAAACAUGUGCUGCUCCCACAGGGUUUAUUGCUCCUGUGAAACAAAUGUUUCUUGAAUAGAAAGGAUUCCCAACUCACAUGUUUCAGCUGUGCUGAAAGCUCCAGUUCUAGCUCUGUCCAGCAUCUCAAUGCCAUUUCAUAAUAGAUCAUUUAGGUGUUAAAAGAAAUACCUUACAUUGCCAUUAAUGUAGAGACAUUACAUACAGCAAAACCCUGUGUCACCCAAGCAGGGGUUACUGAGCAAAGUAAAAUACCUGCAGUGUUUUAAUGCUUCCAGAAUAUAGAGAUUAGCUAAUCACUGUCACUCUAAUUGCUAUUUUAAUCUUGCCUGCACUGAAGGCGUAUGAAGGAUUCAGAAGAUUAUUCAACGCAGACAAAUCUAGAUCCAUGCUGUAAGGUAGCUGUCUUGCUUGCAUCCCAAAUUCUUAAAGCUUUGGUUGAAGAUGAUGUUUGACUUUAAAGUGCAUUUUUGUGUCUCAUCCUGAGCUCUGGUAUACCUCUCCAUACAGGGGCAGACUCCCAAAAGACUCCUCAACUAAAUAGAACUAAUGAAGGAAAAUAUUUUCUCUCCUUUUUUGUUUCUCCCCCCCUGAUAUAGCUCAGCUGAGGCUCUCUGCAGUGGGCAGCUGGCCUGCAGGACUGAAUCUGCCUGUGUCCCUGUUGAGCUCCAGCACUUACCAGUGUUCUGCUGGCUUCUUUCAAAAGGACUCAGUGUGACCUUCUACAGUGGAAAAGAAAAAUACAUAAAAAUUUAUUUCAGAGGUAUCUAAGGCUAAAUCACCUUGUACAGCUCUUGUAGAGGAGUGAGUUACUUCUGUAAAUAAGUAGAUUUUAGUGUUGAAAUUGACACAGUUCUUGAAAGGUGGCUGCCUGUUCACUCUGGGGGAACAGCACCUACCUUGGCUUUGUCACCUCCCACAAAGAGGAGACUGAACUUCAUAUGGAACAUUAGGUAGCACCUGCUCCUCUUUGGAUAUUCUUGUUUUUACAGACAAAAGCAAACUGUCCAAAGAAAUGGUAGUAUUAUUCUUGAUGUCUACUCUUCCAUUGUAUGUCAACUCAGAGGCCUGGAAAACAGUAAUAAUAAAAAGAUUAAUUAGCCUUUUGUAGAAUACCCUUUAAACCUUUUGCUAUGGGCUCUACAAUCUGCACUGAAACGUGCCAAAGUUGUACAACAAGCUACUCUUCUAGGACAUGCUUCUUAUAGUAAAAGUUAUGGUAGGAAGGUAUCCCUGAUGGCACCUGCCCUCAGAUCAGGGUGUUUUUCUGCUAUUGUAAAAUGGCAUUUCUGCCCAGUGCUGGCCCAGGCCUGCAGCUUGUUGGACAGGGCUAGGACUUGCCACCCUUGCUAGGGAUGAGAGGUGGUGUUCCUGGCUGCAGCCAGUUCUCCUCGAUGGCAAAUGAUACCUUUCCUUCUUUCUUUUUCUCUUUCUUUCUGUCUGUCUGUCUUUGUCUUUGUUGUUCUGACUUUGUCUUUCUCUCUUUCUUUCUCUCCUUUUCUCUCUUUCUCUCUCUCUGUCUUUCUGUCCUUGUCUGUCUUUGUCUUUCUGUCUUUCUUUCUGUCUUCUUUUUGUUUCUCUUUCUAUCUUUUCUUCUUUCCUUCUCAAACAUUGCAGUGUUAUGCAAGUCAAGUGACCUCGUUUUCCAGCUAUGCAAUAUGAACAACCAUUACACGUGAUGAACCAGCUGCAUCCCCCCACACACACCUUGAAAUGCUUUUUGAAUCUGUCCUUCUUUGGUGUGUGGUGUCAUUAUUGUAUUUUUAAUUCUGAGCACCUGAGCCAGAUCCUUUACAGAUUGUCUUUUUCUAGGACUGAAAACGUAGCAUUAGCGCUAACACAUUUUACUGUAAAUAUUUUUAUAAGACAAUUUAAAACAAUUUUUUGAUUGCUUUUUAUGGUUGUCGAUGACAGUUGUGUUAAAUUUGGGAUCUAAUUCUUACACUCCAGUACAGUUUUCGCUGGCCAUGAUGUAGGUGUGAAUAUGUUUUCUGCACAAGAAAUUCUAUGAUGUAACUAAGAUCUGGGAUGGUUCUGAUGUUGAUUCUAACAGGAGGACAGCACUGGGAUCAACAUUGGGAGAGACACUGAAAUCCAUUACCUCAGUCACCAGUAGGCUCUUAGAUGAUUGGUUAUUUUACAACAACUUCAAUGCUCUGAUUUAAUUUUCUUGUGCCAUGUAUUUAUUUCCCAGUCAGCUUGGUGGACAAGCUGUCUCUUGGUGGUUUUGUUUCUCAGCUCCUGCGUGAGCUUGAAGGUGGAGGAGGCCCCAACAGGGUGGGUGCAAACCCCCAGGCUGCCAAAACCAGUCAAAUUAUUGCAGGAGGUUUUGUAAAAACUUCACAAAGCAAACUCAGGCUGCUUCCAUGCAGUGCUCUUUUGGGAACGUGAAGGCUUUCCUCAGCUCUUUCCUCUUGACAGCUCAUUUUGGGUGUCACAGCGUGCUGAUCCCUUGCAGACCCACCCUUGUGGGUGUCCCAAAGGUGACUUCGCUCUUGCAGAGUAAUUGUCCCCAGAAUGGACACCCAGAAACCCAGUAACAUUGGUGGUGGGUGCCCCUGGUGCUGGCACUGCAGAGUGGGCAGGUGGGUGUCAAGCAGGAGAGAUUUGCCUCAAGCCAUCUGUUGUUUCAACCACUUUGAAUCAAAUCCAUCUUUUCCAUUUGUGCCUAAUAGAUAAAUUGGGGGUGAUUAAAGCCCAUUUUGAGUUCAUUCAGUUUAUCCAAAUACUUUUUUUUUUUUUUUCUGUACAGAUGUGAACAGCACUGUAAUUAUCAUAAAUACACUUGGCAGCAUUUGCAUGACACCACCAUGAAAGCUUAAUACUGUUCUCUCAUUCACAGUGUUUGGAGACCAAAAUCAUUAAUAUCCAGUGAUGUGUGAUGCCUAUUUAUCAAGCUAACAUGAUGGUUCAACAGAUAAAUGCAGCUCGUUUGUAACCUUUGGGAUUUGUUACUAAUAAAAUGAAGUAUCAAAGCACUUGCCCCUUGGCUUAACGUCCUGCCCAUAAAUCACAUUCACAUGAGCAUAAUUUGUUGCUCAGAGCUACAGUGCUUGGGAAUGCUUUAGACUUUAUAGUCUGGAAAUGAGUUAAUUCACUUUUUUUCCUCUGCCCUUACCAUUUUUAUGGGUUUAUAAAUUAUUCUCCACUAGAGUGACAAUAAAUGAUUAUUGAGAAUUUUAA